GUCCAUAUUCUAUUUCCAUUACCAACCUCACAACCCCAUCUCCUUACAAAUCCACCCAUUCCGCUUUUUCUCUUUCUUCCCAAUCUCUUCUUCAUCCUCCAACCUCUCAACAACCCCCAAUUCCUCCAUUUCCCCCACUUUUCCGUUUUCUCUUCGCAACUCCCAAACGUUAAAAACAAAACACAAACCAAACCUUCUUUUUCUUUCCCCUCUUUUUCUUCUUUCUUCAACUCGAAAGGGCCAUAAGCUCAUAACACGAACCAAAAGAAAACAGAAAAGAAAAAAAUAUGGCUCAGAAAACAGAGAAAGAAGAAACGGAGUUCAAGGUUCCAGAAACCAUUACCCCUUGCGUCAAUAAUUGUGGCUUAACAGGUAACCCAGCCACGAACAACAUGUGCCAGAACUGCUUCAACGCCACCACCACCGCCGCCGCCGCUACCACAACUACUACAACAACAACGCCGAUCUCGCAGCAGCCUUCUAGAUUCUCCGAUGAGAAAGCCACCGCAACAGCCAGAUCUGCCACGUCAACUCGUUCGCCGAAGAGAUCUCACCCGUCGAACGACGAGGAGAAUCCGCGAGAGGCUAAUUCGGGAACGGAUCGGGGUGAAACGACGUCGUCCGAGGCGAAGCGUGUCGUGAAUCGGUGCUCCGGUUGCCGUAGGAGAGUUGGUCUCACCGGAUUCCGGUGCCGGUGCGGCGAGCUUUUCUGCGCAGAGCACCGGUACUCAGAUCGCCAUGACUGCACCUACGAUUACAAAGCCGCGGGAAGGGAAGCCAUCGCUAGAGAGAAUCCGGUGGUUAAAGCCGCGAAGAUCGUUAAGGUCUGAUGGAAUUUCCCGAAUUGCCCCUCGUUUCCACGAAAUCGACGGAAGAGAUCGCUAAGGAGAAAAUUGGAAAAGACAACAUCACGAAACGCAGGCGUCGAUCGUCGUUUCGUGUUCGCGUGGCUAGAUUAAUUAUUCGUGUUUCUCUUUCUCAGAGGAAAAAAAAAACAAAAACUCAGCGCAAGUGGGUUUUAUGCUGAGUGGUUUGUUAAACCGGAGAGGAUGAAGCCUUUCUCUGUGAUCUUCUGUGUUAGAUCAAGCUUUGAUCAUUUUUAUUUUUUAAAUUAUAUUUUAUGU